UUUAAGUAUAUCUUCGAGAAAUAAAACAUGUAGAUGGCUACCAGGCAGGCACAUAAUAAAAGAUAGAAGAAGAAUUAUAACAUAGCCUAAUCUUGUAGGUUAAGGAAAUCUGUGAUUUCUGUUUACGUUACAGGGGUUAAGUUAUGGAGGGUAGAAAGUUAAUAGACCAUUUCAGGGUGUUUAGAGAGUUUGGUGCAUACAAUAAUAGUGUUCGAAAGAAAAGUCUUAAGUGUGGUGUGUGUUGUUCGGUUGAGACAAAUAAUAUUGAUAUCAUGUCGUGGUCUAGGGAUCAAGUUUCACUCCUGAUAGAGGAGUAUCACAAAUACCCAUGUUUGUAUGCGGUAAAAUCACCCAUGUACAGAAACAAACAUGCCCGAAAUACAGCGAUAGAAGCUAUAGAAGCAUCCCUGAAGACGUUAAGGCCCAGUGUAACGUCCCAAGAAAUUAAGAGCAAAUUUCAAGCUCUGAAAACAAAUUUCAUGAACGAGCAUAGAAAACAUGUUCAAAGCAUGAAAAGUGGUGCUGGACAAGAUGAGAUCUAUAUACCUUCAUUAUGGUACUUUAAUAGUAUGAAGUUCAUUAUUGACCAUGUUGAUGUGAGGCCUUCUUUUGAUUCAUCUCAGUUCUUGGAGAUCGAAGCUGCCCCUCAAGAAGCAGAAGAAUGUUCCAAUGAAUUGGAACAGUGUUUUGUGGCUGAAUCUGGAUUUCUAAUAUCAGAGGAAUCUGAGCUGCCACUUGAAUCUCCAAGACCAAAACGGAAAAAGAAGUUGGAUGAUGACUCAAAUUCACUUUUGAAAGAAGCUUCUGCUGCCCUGAGCACAAUAUCGAAAACUAUUUCUGAAGCACCGACAAAUAAAAAUAAAGAAACUGAUGCAGAAGAAGCAUUUGGAAAAUAUGUCGUUUCUAAAAUGAGGCAAAUAUCAGAUCCACAAGUUAAAUCUGAUGUGGAAGAACGGAUAAUUAAUCUCUUGUUUGAAGGAAUCAGAGGAUGUAGAAAUAAAAUCUAA